AUGCCUCUUCAACGAAGGCAAGCUGUAAUCAGCGAUGCAGAGUGGGAGCGGUUAGAGUGGAAACUCAAGCAAUGGCACAUUGUCAAGAACAUGACCGCCCAGCAGUGGAGGUAUGCCAAUGCUCAAAUUGUUGAGCGACAAAAUUUGGGCAAGAAGAGCCGUCUGUAUCUCUCUGGGGUCCCAUUGAAACCUUUAGCGAUUCAAAAGGCAAGAAGUCGUCACGGUCACAUUUCAGUGCUCGAGCGUUUCAACUCUGCCCCAGCCGCAGAUUCAUUACCUGGGGACUUGCCCCUACUCAUCCUGACCCCGUCACCUGAAUACGGAGCUCAAUAUCGCCUUGGGGACCUUCCAUGGUUCCAAUGUCAACAACUCUUGAGUGGCUCAGCUUUGACGAUCUCAGCACCCACAUCUCCGCAUGUCUCCGACAUCCCAUCCGCCGCCAGUUCCGUGCUUAGAGCACUCAGUUGCGCCGUAUCCCGGAAGCGUUCAUCAUUAGUCCAAGCACCAAACUCUCAGCAAGUCUACCAGGCUCUGUCCCUCGUGAUGCCUGCGAAAGCAAUAGACGACCAUCCAUUUAGGGCAGAAGGGCUCGCCCAGUUCUCGUCAUCAAGAGUGUUAACGUUUGAAAUCUUGGAAACUAUAAUAUUUCUACUAUCCAAUGGUUUCUGUGACUACUUGGAUCACGAAUUACAAGAGCGAGACAACAUCAAUGAUGCAAUUUUAGCCACAAUCCGGAUAUCUAAUACCUGGACAUGGCUAUUAUCACAGCAUUGUAACGAUCUCCCACUCAGUCUUCAGGCUUUUCUGCAUCGGAUGUUUGAGAAAGCAGUCAUAGCGUCAGAUCUGAUUACUAUACAUUCUCUCGUCAGGACCGGGGUCGAUGUCGACCUGCCUCUAAGGGGUCCCCCGCUAGGUAAAUCCACAUUCGAAGUUUCGAGAGCACUCCACUGGGCCGUCAUUACCCUCAACUUAAAUAUGGUGGAGCUCCUCGUCAAACUUGGUGCCAGUACCAAGUCAGUUGACCUUGAGAUGCUUCAGGUCAUUUGCCGUAGGCAUCGUACGUACGAUGAUUCGGCACUUGCGGCCAUGUCGAGUUGGAUACUAUCCAUAUAUGAAUACCAGAACGAAGACGAUUCCAUUGCCCGGGAUCUCUUGUGGUUUCUCUCCUGGGCACCUCACUCUCCGCAUACAGAGCUUAUCCUAAUAUUUUUGGAAUCCAAACUUCGAAGCCCUGAGGCACUUGCUCAGCUUCUCAUCACAGCCGUCAAAACAAGGAGUCAUUACACUUUCGAAUGGAUUUCUAAGCACCCAAGCUUUCUGAACUGGGUGGAUCACCUAGGGGAGUCAAUACUUGGCGCUGCAGCCUCCAGGAAUGAAUAUCUAUUGUGCGAACGCCUCUUGGAGCUUGGGUCUGCAUCAGAGCCUGCCGAGAAUUCCUAUCACAGCGUAUUUGGCACACCACUUCAAUGCGCUGCUUCCAAUGCUGAUCCGAGGCUCGUCGGACUUCUGCUAGACCACGGUGCAGAUGUGAACUUCUGUCAACUUGCUCUGGAAGAUACCGACGGUGACACUGUUCUCGCAGGACACCUGCGCCGGGUCUAUACUUCUGGAGCCACUCAUGAAGACAUCUUCUAUGGCGAUAUUGGAAGAACUGCAUUGCAAUCAGCCUUGUCUAGCGGCAAUGAGAAAAAUGUUAUAUUUCUCCUCUCGCGCGGAGCAAGACAAAUCGGGGCUUCUCUCCCGGUCUUGAGCCUCACUGAUCAUCCAACACCUCUUGAGUCCGCAAUCGUGCUGCAGGAUCAUGAUCUGGCUCUCCAAAUCAUCAUCAUGAUGAACACCCAAUUCCCGGCAAGAGCACUUUAUGUAGCUUUACGCAUGGCUCUUGUGACUUGCGACUGGAUCAUCUUUCGCAAGCUCAUUGACAUGGGGCGGGCCUUUAUGUUGGGUCAGAGCUCGGAGCCGAAGAAUUUCUGGCUCGGAACGGCAAUGUGUCUCGCAAUGCGGCUCGGCAUCGACGAUAUGGCAAGCCAAAUUAUGAUGGUAUUUCGCCCUCAGUACUCGGCCGAAAGAUCAUUUACCACGCAUCCACUUCUCGAAAUGCCACCUGAGAUGUCCAUGGAGGAAUAUAAGAAGGAUUGUCUCAAAUCAAUCACUACAGCAGCUUUCCUGCAAUGGGACUACUGCUUGGUGACUUCUCAAGCUCUCUCAUCUUCGCCCGAAUUCGUCGCGAUUCUGAUACAACAUGGCUAUCGCUUCAACAUAGACUGCUCCGAUGUUGUUAAGAAUCCCCGUGCGCUAGAUAUCUUACCUCUCCUGAAUGCGGAUGGCUCAUGCAUAGAUCGCCGGCUUCUGGCGAGGGCUAUCCAGGAUAAAAAGGCUUCGGUCGUUGAUUGGUACUUAUCCUCGGGAAUUGGGGUCAACACCAUUCGCUGGGCCAAGAGGCCGUACCCAGAUACACCGCUUGUGGCUGCUGUCUUAAUAGGAGACAUCGACCUCGUGGAAAAGCUCGUUGGCCUAGGGGCGGAUGUCAAUGAAACUCAGAAAGGCUCCCCAUACCCUACGCCUUUAGUAGCGGCAGCCGCAAAGGGUUUUUUUAGAGUAGUGAAAAGAUUGCUUGAAUUGAAGGCAGAUCCAAAUGGUUCGGCAAGAUCCUGGAGUGGAGCUCACUGGACAGCUCUAGAAGCUGCCUCGUCUAUGGGUAGAUUAGACAUUGUGCAGCUCCUGCUUGAUUCUGGUGCCUCAACUGAGGGACCUGGCCUCGGUCAAUAUAUCAAGUCUAGGAUUCAUGCACAGGACAACGGAUACUAUGCUGUCGACAAGUUACUGAUGGGAUAUCGAAGUUGGACCAAGGCCGAUCAAGACUUGCUUCACAACUUGCGGUUACUCGGCAAAAACAGCCAGCUCGAUUAUGAUACCAACGGUAGCUCUGAGGGUAGCCCUGAGCAUGACCCUGAUGACAACGCUGAUGACAACUCUGAUGACAACUCUGAGGAUAACUCUGAGGAUAACUCUGAAGAAAACUCCGAGGACGGAGUCAGCUCACUCCAUGUCGGAUGUGACCCCUCCAAGAUUAAAUACAGUGCAGGGGUGUCAUCUAUUAACAUGGAGGAAGUCGAAAGCGAUGGUGGAUACUCAGGGCAUACUUGGUCGCCUUUGGAACCUAUGACCAUUAUGGCACCAAGAAACAGAACCGAGAGCACAAAGUCAAAUCUCGAAGAUCUACCAAUGCCUGAUAACGACGAAUUCUUGCUCAACAACAAUGAGAACAGUAGAGCGGGCAUGGUUGAGAUGUCGACAAGCAGUGACGCAUCGCAACAAUUGCAAAGGUUGCCAGGUAUCGUGGGCUUCGAAACCAGCGAAUCAUUGAGCGAAGGUAAUUUGAACACGCUUCAUGCUUUUCAGGGCCAAGAGGGCAGCAGUGACGAUUGGCUCCAAGAAAUCCGUUCGUUUUCCCUCAGAGAAGCCCUCAACUUGAUAACUUAG